AUGGGCUUGCUUGCACUGGGAACGGCGCUGGAGUGGCCCGAGGCCAAGAAACGCGCCGACCAGGUCCGGGAAUGGGGCAUCAAGCAAUUGCUGGAAAUUUGGAGCAAGGCCAAGGGCAAGGAGCGCGAUGCCUUGCUCUGGGGUGAUGAGGUUGAAUAUCUAGUUGUCAACUACAAAAAGGACAACCCAGAGGUUCAUCUCUCUCUGCGCCAGGCAGAGAUUCUCACAGCCCUCGCCGCGGACAAGGAUCUUGACGGUAGUUGUGUGCCGGCGCUUCAAGACGCCCAUUCCAAAAACUCCAGUACUCUUCCUGUUUUCCAUCCCGAGUUUGGCCGCUUCAUGCUCGAGGCCACCCCCGGCAAGCCCUGGGGCAUUGGCUUCAAGGAGCUUCUCGGCGUCGAGCCGGACAUGAAGCUGCGCCGCAAAAUCGCCAAGGAGCACAUGUUAUCCUCGGAAUACCCCAUCACUCUCACAACAUACCCCCGCCUCGGCGCGCCGGGCCAGUUUACCGACCCGUACUACCCGCCCUCGGGCGACAAGCUGCGGUCCCAGUUUGUCCCCGACGAAAUCGCCAACCCGCACAUCCGCUUCCCCACGCUGGCCGCCAAUAUUCGCUCCCGGCGCGGCCGCAAAGUGCAGGUCAACGUGCCCAUCUUUCAGGACAAGCACACGCCCAACCCAUGGAAGGACCCUACCGUCAACUACGACCUGCACAAGUUCCCCGAGGACGACGAUGUGCGCAACGGCGCGGCCCCGGACAAUUUCAUCCACAUGGAUGCCAUGGCGUUUGGCAUGGGAAGCUGCUGUCUGCAAAUUACGUUUCAGGCCAAGAACAUCAACGAGGGUCGCACGCUCUACGAUCAGCUUAGCCCGCUGGGGCCCAUCAUGCUUGCGCUGACGGCGGCGACCCCCAUUUACAAGGGCUUCCUGGCCGGCACCGACGUGAGAUGGAACCAGAUUAGCAGAGCCGUCGACUGCAGAACGCCUGAGGAAUUGGGAGAAAAACCACUCAAGAAUGAUCGCUGGAGGAUUCCCAAGUCGCGAUACGCUUCCAACUCUACAUACAUUUCUCUAGAUCACAGACUACGGGAAGAGUACAUGGAUCCGGAUCUCGUAUUCGAUCCCAAGAUCAAGGCAGAACUCAUCAACGGCGGCAUGGACGAUCGGCUAGCAACUCACUUUGCGCACCUGUUCAUCCGCGACCCCAUUGUUAUCUUCGAGGAGGACCUCCAGGAGCUCGACCUCUCCAAGACGGACCACUUUGAGAAUAUCCAAUCGACCAACUGGCAGCACAUGCGCUUCAAGCCGCCGCCCGCCGAGAAUAAUAUUGGCUGGCGCGUCGAGUUCCGCUCCAUGGAGAUUCAAGUCACCGACUUUGAAAACGCCGCCUUUUCCGUCUUCAUGGUGCUCCUCACCCGCGCCAUCCUCUCCUUUGACCUCAACUUUUACAUUCCCAUCAAAAAGAGCGACGAGAACAUGGAACGCGCGCACAACCUCGACGCCGUUCUUAAAGACACGUUUUACUUUCGUAAAAACGUCUUUCCCAGCCGUCCCUCGCGCGCCAACACCGUCUUUGGCGACGACAUGGCCAACGGCACCACCGCCCCCAACGGCAACGGCGGCGGCAGCAGUCGGCCGGGCUCCCGCUACCCGAGCCGACCCGGCUCCCCCGGCGGCCCCGUGGAGCUCGAAUACGCCGAGAUGAGCAUCGACGAAAUCAUCAACGGUUCCGCCGAUGGCGAGUUUCCCGGGCUCGUGCCGAUUGUGGAGAGUUACCUCGACAGCGUCAACGUUGACGUUGAGACGCGCUGUGAGCUCGCCACCUACUUGAGCCUCAUCAGCAAGCGUGCCAGCGGCGAGCUCGAUACGGCCGCACGCUGGAUCCGCCGCUUCGUUGCCGCGCACCCGGCCUACCGGCAGGACAGCGUCGUCGGUGACAAUAUCAACCACGACCUCAUUGGCGCCGUUAUUGCGCUCUGCGAGCGCGAGGCGGCCGGUCGCAACUUUGCCGGGCUCGGCAUCCAGGGUUUAUCCAGGCUCCUUGGGCGGUUCCGUGGCGGGUGCGGUUCCGAGGCGGAGGAGAUGGAGGUGGAGAAUGGUGCAGCACCGGCGGCGGUUGAUGAGGACACGGUGAUGCCGACGACGGAGGCGGAAUCGCCGGCAAGGAAGCGCAAGAGUGACUGGAUCGAGGGAGCGGAGCAGCAGCUAUAA